AUGAUUUCUUUCCCAGGAUCAUCAAAGACUAUUCGUCUUAUACUUGUGUCUCUACUUCUAAUAACACUAAUAAAUAUAUUGGCUGCUUUUCAACGGUCUACUUUGUCUCCAUGGUUUUCUUCAUCACGUCAUAUUAUCAACAAAUUCACUGAUUUAAGAUUGGCGUUAUCAUCUAAAGAAUCGGUAUUAAGAGAUGAGGAAGGAGAAAUUUAUUCACUCGUUGGAUAUCAUCAUGAUUUUGAUUCAAAUUUAGUUUUCGUUCAAAAACAUUAUUUACUUGAAAAAUCUAAAGAUGCUGAUACUACUGAACAUUUUUGGAAUUUUUUGCAUUCAAAUUUUCAAACCAAAUCUGAUUAUGAUUUGAAUUUAAUUGAUGGAUAUAAUUAUAAAAAAUUAAUUAAAGCUCUUAAUCAACAAAAUGAAUUACAAUUAAGUCAUUCAUUUGUCGAACAAUAUAAAAUGGAAAAUCAUUUUAUUCAAAGUUUCCAAAAAUUUUUCGUUGAAUUGAUUAAAACUAUUCAAGAUUGUAAACCAGAAUUGAAUCCAAUAAAUAAUAAUAAUCAUUAUCCAAAUGGUGAUAAAAUAGUGAAAUAUUAUGAAUUACGAAAUAAAAUACUGCCAGAAAAUAUGAAACGAUAUAAUAUUGAACGAUUAAUUCAUCGUGAUGGUAAAAUACCUUUGUAUGGUGGACAUUUACGUGAACAAUACAAGGAUGAAUUGAUUAGAAAUAAAGAAUUUUUAUCAAUGUAUUUGACAUUAAAUGAUGAUGAAGUAUCAGCAUUGAAAAAAUCUCAUACGAAAUUUCUAGAAAUAAUGAUGAAAGAUUGGCCUGAAGAUUUAUUCAAAUUUAAUAAGUUUAAUAAUUUUAUGAAAGGUGAUGGGAUUGUUUAUUUGGGUGGAGGGAAAUAUAAUCAAUUGGUACUUUUAUCAAUUAAAAUACUUCGAGAAAAUGGUUCACGAUUACCUGUAGAAGUAAUCAUACCUUAUAAGAAAGAUUAUGAUAUUCAAUUUUGUGAUCGAGUUUUACCAACUUUAAAUGGGAAAUGUAAAUUAAUGACCGAUUAUUUACCUAAAUCAUUUGUUGAUAAAAUUAGUGGAUUCCAAUUGAAAAAUAUUGCUCUUUUAAUAUCAUCAUUUGAAAAAAUUUUAUAUCUUGAUGCUGAUAAUAUCCCCAUUAAAAACCCUGAUGUUUUAUUUACUAAUGCACCAUUCACUAUUAAACAUCUAGUUGUAUGGCCAGAUUUAUGGAGACGUUCAACUUCACCCCAUUAUUAUACCAUUGCUGAUAUUGAUGUUGAUCCUAAAUUCAAAGUAAGAAAUUCUUACAUUGAUGGAGAUGAAAGAGGGAAAUAUACUGAUUCAAUGUAUUAUUCUUAUCAUGAUUGUAAAGGAUCAAUUCCUGAAGCUAGUUCUGAAACUGGACAAUUAUUAAUAAAUAAAAAAAUCCAUUUUCAAACAUUAAUAUUAGCCAUGUAUUAUAAUUAUUAUGGACCAGAUUAUUUUUAUCCAUUAUUUAGUCAAGGAGCAGCUGGUGAAGGUGAUAAGGAAACAUUUAUUGCUGCUGCUCAUAAAUUAGAUUUACCUUAUUAUCAAGUAGCUGAAUUCAAUCGAGAAUUUGGUCCUAUUAAUGAUGAUACCAAAAAACAUGAAUUUUAUGGAAUGGGUCAAUAUGAUCCAAUUAUAGAUUAUUAUUUGACAACAACUCCAACUCCUAAAAAUAAUAAAAUCAAUUAUAAUUCACCAUUACCAGAAAAAUACGCUAAUAAUGAUGAAGAUAAUACUUGUUCCAAUUAUGAUUUCCAUUUAUUUCAAUCAUCAUCAUUAUUUUUUUUACAUGCCAAUUGGCCAAAAUAUUAUAUUGAAAGUUUAUUUUUACAUGGUUAUAAUGAAAAUAGAGGACCAAUCACUUUAGAAGGUGAUAAAAGACGAUUAUAUGGUAAUGAAUUAAAAAAAGAAUUAGGUGGGUAUGAUUUUGAAUGGAAUAUUAUGAAAAAUAUUCAUUGGUGUUUUUGUGAAGAACCAUUAAUUGAUCUUACUGGUAUACCUGUUGUUGGAACUAAGACUAGAACCGACGUUUGUACAGCAAUUGAAAAGCAUAUUGAAUUUUUACAAAUUUCAUGA